GGAAACCUCUCUUACGCAAUCAUUUCCUCAAACCCUAAUGCGCUGCAAACCUGUCCAGGUAGUGAAGGGGAUCGAAAAUCCUAAUUCUCUUCGAUUUGAACCGUGAUUGCUCACAAGGUUGUUUCAAGAAGGACCAUCAUCGAAAAAGCACGGUCCAGAUCAACCGGACAUUAGGGGGGCCGCACUCAAAUCACAGCACACAAAGAUGGGCAAACCCGAAGACACUGAAAGGAAGAAGAAGCUGAAAGAUGUUGAAAUAAGUGUUCCUAUUGUAUAUGGUAACGCUGCAUUUUGGCUCGGUAAAAAGGCAAGCGAGUAUCAAUCUCAUAAAUGGACUGUCUAUGUUCGCGGGGCAACAAAUGAGGAUCUCAGUGUGGUGGUAAAGCGGGUUGUUUUUCAGUUGCAUUCCAGUUUCAAUAACCCUACAAGAGUUGUGGAGUCAGCUCCAUUUGAGUUAUCAGAAUCAGGGUGGGGUGAAUUUGAGAUUGCCAUUACACUUUACUUCCACAAUGAUGUUUGUGAGAAGCCCUUGAACCUAUAUCACCAUUUGAAGUUAUACCCAGAAGAUGAAUCUGGCCCUAUGUCAAUUAAGAAACCUGUAGUUGUUGAAUUCUACAAUGAGAUUGUGUUCACAGAACCGUCAGAGAGUUUUUUAGCCCGUGUGCAGAAUUAUCCGGCAGUAACCUUCCCUAGAUUACCAGCUGGUUUUACUUUACCUUCCUCAGCACCAAUUGAAGAUGAAAGUAAAAGGAAGAGAGGUGACACUAAGGACCAUCCCUUAAACCAGUGGUUCUUGAAUUUCUCAGAAGCAGAUGAGCUAUUACAACUUGCAGCUGCUCGUCAGCAGGUACAAGCUCAUAUUGCUAAGCUCAGACGACAAAUCAGCGUGAUUGACGGGCAGAAUCAACGGUUUAAAUCUUCCUCUGACCAGUGAAUUUAUUAUACUAGUCCUUCAAAUUUUGAGACUUUCACUUCCAGUUGAGAUUGAUUUUGCGGCAAAGGCACAUGAUGGCAUAGUAAUGUAACUCUGAUAUGUAUCAUCUGGCACAGUUGUCUCUCUUUUUUGUUCAUUUUCAUGGCUUUUGAGCCCUGUACUAAUAAACAAAAGGCAAAAAGAAUUUGUAUAAUUUCUCUCUUUAAUAGAAGGCAAAUUCAUUAAUUGAAAAA